GAAAUACGUGCCGAAAUCGGGUGUAUCUCAUUAAUAAAAUGCUAAUUUCCUAGAGGACGUGGUAUUCGGUUGCCGUGCGGCAUACGGAUGCCAUGAGUGAAAAGAGUAGUGCCAAGAAAAGAAGCCCCAAGAUGACGAGCAAAUCAUUCUUAUGGGGCGUCAUAGCGGCUUCACUAACGUGGUCUAUCAGCCUCUACUUAUACUGGAAUCUCAUUAACUCCCCGACGAAUGACACCGGCGGAUCGCGGUCGGUAAAAAUCCCGUCAUCGGCCAACGGAGUCCAGAGCGAUCUGCUGCAUUCUGCGUUAUUUCAUAACAGCAUUUUGGACGCACAGGAUGAAAAACAACAAUACAAAAAUGGCAAGCUGAUGGAGAAAAGCAAAAGCCUUUUUAAGGAAAAGUACGCGCGCUUUGUCAACGAGAAGGAGAAACGACGCAUCAGUCACCGGCUGAUCGGGCAAUUGCAACCUAUCUUACCGAACGGAACAGACGAAUUUGGCAUGGUGCAAAACUCGGAGGAGCAGUUCAUCAGGGACAUUGGCUAUAGGAAGCACGCGUUCAACGUGCUCGUGAGUAAUAAACUUGGCCCGUUCCGGCCAAUACCGGACACGCGGCACAAACUCUGCCCGGCACAGGUCUACGACAAGGAUUUACCGGUCGCUUCCGUCGUGAUGUGCUUCUACAACGAGCAUCUCGAAACACUGAUACGAUCGAUUCACACGGUGCUAAAUCGCACACCCGCGGACCUAUUGAAAGAAUUGAUUCUCGUGGACGAUUGCAGUGACUUCGAAGAGCUAAAGGAAGGCCUAGACGAGGCGCUGCAUAAAUUGAAUGCGCCGAAGGUGCGGCUGUUAAGAAACGGCGACCGCGAGGGUUUGAUGCGUUCGCGUGUAUACGGUGCCAGAAACGCCACCGGUGAUGUGUUAAUUUUUCUCGACAGCCACAUCGAGGUAAACGUCGAUUGGAUCGAACCGCUGCUGGCGAGAAUCAAGCACGAUCAUACCAUCCUCGCAAUGCCGGUGAUCGACAUCAUCAACUCGGACACGUUCGCGUACACGGCCAGCCCACUGGUGCGGGGUGGGUUCAACUGGGGUCUGCACUUCAAGUGGGACAAUCUUCCCAAAGGUAGCCUCGAGCGGGAGGAAAACUUCGUAGGCCCGUUCCGUUCGCCGACGAUGGCCGGCGGAUUGUUUGCGAUUAAUCGAGCCUACUUUGUCGAGCUGGGCGAGUACGACAUGGGAAUGGAUGUGUGGGGUGGAGAAAAUUUGGAAAUCUCCUUCCGAGCUUGGCAGUGCGGUGGUUCAAUCGAACUACUACCCUGUUCCCGCAUCGGGCACGUUUUCCGUAAGCGACGCCCGUACGGUUCACCCGAUGGCCAGGACACGAUGGUACGAAAUUCUCUGCGUCUCGCGCACGUCUGGAUGGACGAUCACAUACGUUAUUUCCUCGAGCAGCAACCACAGGCGCGACACGUCGCGUACGGGGACGUCAGCGAAAGGCGCGAGUUGCGCGAACGACUCGGUUGCAAACCCUUCCGAUGGUACCUAGACAACAUUUAUCCCCAGCUCCGCGUACCCGGUGAAAAAUCGGCCAACGAAGCCGAGGCGACGCAACCAAAAUUUGAACCGUGGCAUUCUCGGAAGCGAAACUACGUGGCAAGCUUCCAGAUCCGUCUGUCAAACACGACCUUCUGCUUGUCGACCGAGCUGGACAGUGAGAAAAGCCUGUGGAAGAAGGGUUCCGGACUGGCAUUGCAACCGUGUCUGCGUGUUAAGCAUCAGACGUGGUACGAAACGGAACGAUCUGAGCUGGUGCUUGGACAGCUGCUUUGCUUGGAUGCACCAUCUAGCGCGACUAAGGGUCGCCCGAAGCUGAACAAAUGCCACGAAAUGGGUGGCGACCAGGCUUGGAAACAUCGCAAAACGUCCGGCACACCCAUCUACAAUAUUGCCUCCGGCAGCUGUUUGACUGUGAAAGAUAUCCGCAAGGGAUCUCCUGUGGGGCUGGACCUAUGUGUCAGCUCACCACGCAGCACUUGGGAUCUGAUCAUCUCGUGACAAUGGGACUGAAGAUAAGUUAUUUUUGUUUUGUAUUGUGAACGUAUUUUGAUUUUUGGUUCGUUUGGCCAACUU